AUGUCUGCAGCUUGCAGCCACUCGAGGAUCUUGCCCAGCAGGCAGGUCAGAAGCUCUACGGCUCCCACAUCCUCCAUACCAACACAUACAUUACCGGUCGUCGCGGCAUCAGCGCCAAUCAAGUCACUGGACGAGCUGGCUAAGAUCAAUGACAAGUCGCUGAUUCAGUCGCAGGCGUACGUCGAUGGGAGAUGGGUCAGUGCGUCUUCAGGAAAGACCUUUGACGUGACUGACCCCGGGACAAUGCAAAAGAUUGGCAGCGUGGCCGACAUGGACGCCGAUGAUGUCAGACGGGCCAUCGACGCUGCGAGCCGUGCCUUUGAGAGCUGGAAGAAUACCACUGCAAAGGAGCGCUCUCUGAUCCUGCGCAGGUGGUUUGAUCUGAUUAUCUCAAAUAAAGAUGAUCUGGCUAGGUUGAUGACGCUGGAGGGCGGCAACCAUUGGCCGAAGCUGGUGUACGGUGCAUCGUUUAUUGAAUGGUUUGGCGAAGAGGCCAAGCGCGCCUACGGUGAUGUAGUGCCGUCGCCGCUCAGCAGCACGCGCAUGGUGGUGUUGAAACAGCCUGUGGGCGUCGUCGGCAUUAUCACGCCAUACAACUUUCCCAACGCGAUGAUCACGCGCAAGGUCGGCGCUGCGCUGGCCGCCGGCUGCACUGUAGUGGUGAGACCGGCCCACGAAACGCCGUAUUCAGCCCUGGCGCUGUGCGAGCUGGCUGAGCGCGCCGGCGUUCCACGCGGUGUUUUCAACGUUGUGCCGUGCUCAGCCGAAAACACGCCCGAUGUCGGCAAGGAGCUGACCACCAAUGAAGCCAUCCGCAAGGUGUCGUUUACUGGCUCCACGGCCGUUGGCAAGAUGCUCACUGCGCAGGCCGCCGGCACCAUGAAGAGAGUGUCGAUGGAGCUUGGCGGCAACGCGCCCUUUAUUGUCUUUGCCGACGCCGAUCUGGACGUCGCCGCCGAGCAGCUUGUCGCGUGCAAGUUCCGCAACUCGGGCCAAACAUGCGUAUGUGCCAACCGCAUUUAUGUCCACGAGUCUGUCUACGACGACUUUGUCAGCCGGUUUGCUGUCCUGGUUGAGAAACGCUUGCGCAUUGGCCAUGGGGUGUCAGAGGGCGUCAAUUUUGGCCCACUAAUUACCGAACGCGGCCUGCAAAAGAUUGAAGAUCAGCUGAAGCGUGCUGUGGAUGCGGGUGCUCGCGUGUUCCUUGGCGGAAAGCGCCCGGAUAUUUCAGCAGCUGGGUACUUUUUUGAGCCCACGAUCCUUGUGGAUGUGACUGAUGAGGUGCCAAUGUCGUGCGAGGAGACGUUUGGUCCGCUGUGUCCAGUAUUUAAGUUUAGCUCUGAGGAAGAGGUCAUUCGUCGUGCGAACAGCGUGCCGGUUGGGCUGGCCGGGUAUUUUUUUAGUCGCGACAUUGGACGUGUGUUCCGCGUGGCAGAGGCCCUGGAGGUGGGCAUGGUCGGCGCCAACACGGGAAUAAUCAGCACCGAGGUCGCUCCGUUUGGAGGUGUCAAGGAAAGUGGUUUUGGCCGCGAGGGAUCACGCUACGGAAUUGAUGAGUACAUGAAUAUCAAGUACAUCAACAUUUCUCUGUAA